AUGUCUACCUCUGUGCAAGCUUCUGUGGCAGCUUCUGUGGUCAACUCAUCUGUGCAAGCUUCUCUCAUCAACGCAUCUCUUCCCGGUCCCUUACCCUUAAUAAUUUCGGGGCAAGAUUUCUUCUCCCCUUUUGGCGCCUAUGGUACUUUCCUCUCGGGAGGGGCUGUGGCCUUCGCUUUCGACCACCUCGGAUCCCGUUUGGCCCCUGCUUACAAGGACAGAAAAGCCUACAAGAUCGAGAUUAUCUGGACGCUCAACCCUGGUAUCAAUGAGCUCAUGUGGCGAACGGACGUCAACUUUCGGGAUUCAAUCUGGAAUUCGUUGACCACCAUGAACACACGGAUAGAAAUGCCCACAUCAAAGUUCCGCCUACUUUUUGCGGAGGGCGAUGCUUUGAGCUUGGUGGGACUUGAGGCAAUCCCACGGAUCCAUGAACAGACCGUAAUCGCGCUUCUUCCAUUUGGCAUCCCUGCUCCUCACCUGCUGGACACUUUCGCUCUACCCGCCCAGGUCACACAAGCGGGAGUUUAUUUUGACUGUAAGGUUGACGUGACGCACCUACCUACUGGAGUGGUCCUCCUUAAGGACCACAGCCUGGCUUCGGGAUUCAAUGGUGUCCGGGUCAUAUCUACGAAUGCGCCGGACGCGCAAGCCCUCAUUGACACAGUGCGUCAUGAUCCUCUAUAUCUGAGCUUCAUAGACACGGCUAUGCAGCGAAGCAAUGAACAGCAAGAGGAAUGGGAGAUGUCGCAGGCAGCGGGCUUGUCCAACACUUAA